AGUUUUUCUUGUCAAUGAAAUUCCGCUCGAUGAUUGGUCCAGACUUCUGUCCCGGAAGCGGUUCUUGAUCUGCACAGAGCCGCACACGUGGUUUCAGCGGAAGUUGGAGCAGCAGGUCGCCUCUCCGCAUGCUGCUGCUGCUGCCCCCCAUCUCCCGUUGCCUCUCUGCGUUUUCCCUUCGGAAUUCAAACCGCGUCCGCUGUCUGGUCCACCCUUCCUCUCUGAUCCUCCGGCCUCGGAACUCUCGUACCCAUUCCGGAAUGGAACUCCGAGCAGUAGUCUCCGCCCUCGAGAAGCUGGCCCCUCCCUCGCUGGCAGAGAGCUGGGACAACGUGGGGCUGCUGGUGGAGCCCAGCCCGCCCCUCAUUGUGAGGUCAAUGCUGCUGACCAAUGACCUGACAGAGGCGGUCCUAGAGGAAGCUUUGGCCAAGAAAGCAGAUUUCAUCCUCUCCUACCACCCGCCCAUAUUCAAAGCCCUGAAGAGACUGAGAUCCACUGGGGGAUGGAAAGAACGAGUGAUAGUGAAAGCCCUGGAAGGAAGGGUAGCUGUGUACUCCCCCCACACCGCCUGUGAUUGUGUGAGCGGAGGAGUCAACGACUGGCUGGCCAAAGCAAUCGGGCCUGCCUCGGUGUCUCCCCUCUCUCACUCCUUGUCGGCUCAGUUUCCUGGUGCAUGGGCUCACCGGUUGGAGUUCAGCGUAGGCAGCGAGACGGAUCUGGGUUCAAUUCUUGCAGAGUUGAACUCUUUACAGGGGGCUGCUGUCCACUCCCACACUGCCAGGUCCAGUUCUGGAGAGCAGACCCGAGUGUCUGUGAACUGCACAGCGCCGGCUCUGACCCAAACCAUGCAGCUGCUGUCGAGAGAGAGCGCCAUCUAUAGGACUCUGCAAGUACUGCAGUUAAGCAAGCCCCCUAUACCAGAUGCAGGGCCCGGACGCAUGUGCACUCUGAAUGACCCGGUAACCAUAGCAACAGCUGUGCAGCGAAUCAAAACGCACCUGAGACUGAGUCAUGUCCGUCUGGCUCUCGGAGCCCACUGCACUCUGGACUCGCUGGUGAAAUCGAUGGCAGUCUGUGCCGGCUCAGGCAGUUCUGUGUUAAACGGUGUGGCAGCGGAUCUCUAUCUAACAGGUGAGAUGUCCCAUCACGACGUGCUGGACGCUGUUGCCGUGGGAACGAGCGUGGUGCUGUGUGACCAUAGCAACUCGGAGCGGGGAUUCCUGUCCGAACUGAGGGAGGCGCUGACCGGCCAGCUGCAGGGCAAGGUCGAAGUUCAGCUGUCCGAGACUGACCGAGACCCACUGGAGAUCGUGUGAAAACGGGGACAAAUAAAUAUUUCUUACACACAUUACACUGAUGAAGGCACUGGAGCCCAAACGCUGGUCUGCUUGACUCAGUUUAGUUUCAAUAACGCUGAGGAAGGCACUAGAUCCACUUAAACAGACCAGGAGAAGAAACACACACUUCAAAUAUCUCUCUCAUACGCAACACUGAUGAAAGCACUAGCAGAAAUGUUUAUAAAUGAAAAGUAACUCUUAAAAUAAAAAAAAUGAUAGAAACAUA